GCGCCGCAGCCUAGCCGGUACUCUUCGGACAAGCGGUGCCCCUCCCUGCGAGCUCAGGUGUCAGGCAUGCGCAAGCGAAGUCGCCAGCUUAUCAGCGGACUUGUGGUCAGCUUGUGUGCUUUGCCGACAUCGAACGCUGCCUCGACGCAGAUCGCCUUCAAAGCAAACGGACAUGUACUGGCAGCUAGCAAUCCAAAGGCCAAGAUUCGCACAGCUCAGCCUCUGGCGGUGAGAUUAGCCUCGACGCACAACGGCGCCACAUCUCAUGCGCUAAAUGCGACGGCGGUCGAUACCGCUGACUUUGUCGAGCCUCAUCGCAUCAAUGACACUCAGACGCCCGCAAAUAAUGUAUCAGCUUCGAGCGUACUGCAGGAUGCCCUCGGUAGCGCAGCAAUGGUAGACUCGUGGCCUAUGACAGCGAAUGCGUCGCAUGUCCAACAUGAUCGGCCCCUUACCGCGACAACGGCCAAAUCCCGUUAUGGUCAUUCUGCAGUGUACCUACCGAGUCGUCAAUCUCUGCUUCUCAUCGGCGGUGAGGAUGAGCAGGGCCUUAUUACCAACGAGGUCACCCUGCUGGAUCUCUCGAAAUCGUAUGCAAGUGCAGCCAAUGCGUCCGCAACGCUGCCGUUCAGCCCUUUGACAAUGGCGAAUGAGAGCACACGAGGCUGGGAAGAAGGCUUGACGCCACACGCCUUCGCAGCUAUAGCGCUGGGAGAGGACGAGAGAAUCUAUAUCGUCGGCGGUCUCACGCAAGAUUGCAAUAAUGACGCGCUCAUAUAUUCCCUUGACACGAGCAAUGCCAGCAGCUCGCACACCGCUGCAUCAUUCGCUCCGCAGUGGCAAGCAUCGAUCGUCAGUAAUACAACAUAUAUACCGCCUAGGCGACGACAAAACCAGGCCGUCGCGCUCGACGGGGGCAAAACGGUCUACGUCUACGGCGGUAUUGCUGAGCCUUACACGUGUUCGCUUGAUCGUGUUGGCUAUCUCGGCAUCGAUAUCUAUCACGCCGACAACGGCACGAUCGAGAGCAUACCGUUUGAACUGCUGUCAGCGCCGAAUGUGGUCAGUUCUGCGUCUGCAAGCUCUGGCGAUGGUGCAACGUCAGUCACCCACGCGACGAUGUCGUCAACCGCGCUGCCACAGAGCGUCCUUGUCGAUCAGUCUCGCGAUGCCUCGAUAAUCAAAGAUCGCACCGGUUUGCAGGCGUCAGCGACAGAAGCAGCGACAAGCAGCGUCACCAUAAGAGCAGCGGCCCUGAAGACACCAUCGGUAUUGCCGGUCUUGCUCAAGGCAAGCAAGGCCAAGACAGAGCCGAACUUGAAGAAGUUUCAGGAGAUCGUACAGGCCAACACGCUUGCCAACAGUCAGGCGCAAUAUAAGCCUGCAAUUUCAGACUAUGCCGCCGUUUCGACGCCGGCACAAGAUGCUGUCGUCUUCAUUGGCGGUCAAGCCGUCGACGGUACGCUCGAGUCGUUGCAGCAUCUCCUCGUCUUCAAUGCCUCUUCGCGUGAUUGGACACUUAUGCCUGUGUCGGGUCAAGCGCCAGAGCCAAGAAUGGGCCAUGUCGCUGUCGCGCUGCCUGACAAGACUGUGCUUGUGCACGGUGGACUCGGCUCGGAUGAGAUCACGAUGGGAGACUUUCAUCUGCUCAACAUGUCCAACCCUUCCGCUUGGGCCUGGAUGCCUCUGACCAUUAAUCAGACGCUCAACGACACAUUUCCUGCGCUUGCCUGGCAUACGGCUACCCUGGUAUCGAAUGCGACGAAUGCGCAAGGUCUGCAUCAGAUUGUGUUCGCGUACGGCGUAGAUACUGCCGACGUGCAAAGGCUCGAGUUGAAGUCUGCAGAGGCCUCCGUCAGUCAAAUCGUGUUCCUCUCCGGUAACGCAGAACAGGGAUGGUCGUACGGAUCGACUUUUGUGCCUGGUCAAAUCUCGCCUGAGCGCAGAUCAACGGCCGAAGCGACAGCUCAUGCUUCGACUGCGACGCACGUCUCGCACAAAGCGCUGACCACCAAAGCGAGAGUGCCACAUCACAUGACGAGUAGCGCGACAAGCAUCGUUUCGGUCUUGCCUACCACGCCACCUGCCGUACUAUCUACCGCUGCCGACGAGGGACCUUCAAGUGCGCCCGGCAACGUCUUAGUGACUGCGACGGAUACAGAUACAGUGGCGACUGCGACGAUAAGCUCCGCACCGGUAGUUGCAGCUGGUACGACGACGACGACGUCCAGUAAGGUGAUUGCAGGCACCGUCGGCGGCCUGGCCAUGGCAGGCCUUCUCAUUGGCGCCCUCGUCUUUGCGACCAGGCGACACUAUGGUCAGAGGCUUGCCCGUCGACUGAGCACGAGUCCUUUUGCAUUCGGCCAGUCGGUGUCUGCUCCUGAUGACCGCGAUCGUCCGCCGGUCUCGACGCUACAAUUCACUCGUCCGUCUGCUCGAAGAGAUCUAUCGUCGGACAGCGGUUUAUCGGUCCAAAAGAGCAUGUCCGCAGACCAUCCGGACACGGCGGUCAGCCCAAAGACCAUGGGUGGCGCCUUUAACUUUGCCAGUCAGCUGCGGCGAGGGUCAGACCAGCCAUGGCAUGUGGGAGAGCAGAAGCUGAACGAUAGCACUUCGACGCGUGGCGAGUCUGUCGAUUCAUAUCCCUAUCUCGGGUCUGUAGCCAUUCGAUCGCCGCCGGAUAAGCGAAUCAGUAGCUUUGGCGGUCUACGGCGCACUCCAUCUGGGACAAGCGCCGCUCGAGCAGGACUGAUGCAUGAGGUAUCGCUGCGAGAAGAGCCAGUCGGUGGCUCGCCAGUAUCCUACGCACCUCGGGGCUGGUUCGAAAGCAUUCUGGGCUACGCGCCUCCCCAGCAAGAUCGCGCUGUGUCUGCACCGAUGGGAACACGGCGGGAAGGCUUGUCCAAGUCAAUGAACAACCUGGCGAUUCCGAAGAUUCGUAUUGGCAUGGAGCGCACGACAUCGGAGACGUCUGAGAGUACGACUGGCACAGCGAAGACAUUCGUCAUGCCAGAUUGGGUGCCAUCAUGGCCGUUGGCAGCGAGUGCGCCUGCCGUAGAUCGUGGCAAGGGCGCAUUGCGCGUCGUCAACAGUCCGCCCAAACUCGCCGCCGCGACGGAAGCGCGAAGACCAAACCGGUAUUUGUAGACCGCACAUUCUGUUGUUUGUACCGCACGGUUGCACACGUCGUGCGUAU